AUGAAGACCUACAGCAUCGCAUCGAUCCCCGCGGACGGCAUCGGUCCCGAGGUUAUCUCGGCCGGAGUUACUGUUCUCAACGCCUUGGCCGAGAAGCUUAACACCUUCAAGCUUGAUUUCACCCACUACGACUGGAGCUCGGAAACAUACAAAACCACCGGCAAGUAUAUUCCCGACGGAGGACUGGACGACCUGAAGCGUCAUGAUGCGAUUUUGUUUGGAGCUGUGGGAGCACCUGAUGUUCCCGAUCACAUUUCCCUUUGGGGUCUCCGUCUUUCGAUCUGUCAGCCUUUGCAGCAGUACGCGAAUGUGCGACCUACGCGGGUCCUCCGGGGCACACAAUCACCGCUUCGGAAUUGUCCCCCCGGCAAAUUGGACUGGGUGAUUGUUCGUGAGAACAGUGAGGGCGAGUAUGCCGGACAGGGGGGUCGAUCGCACCGCGGCUGCCCCUGGGAGGUAGCCACUGAGACAGCGAUUUUUAGCCGGCACGGCGUCGAGCGAAUCAUGCGGUUCGCAUUUCAGACGGCGGCCAAGCGGCCACGGAAGUUACUGACCGUGGUCACUAAGAGCAAUGCCCAGCGCAACGGAAUGGUCCUUUGGGAUGAGGUUGCGACCGAAGUGGGGAAGGAAUUUCCAGAAGUGCAGGUGGACAAGAUGUUGGUGGACGCGAUGACUACAAGGAUGGUGUUGAAGCCCGAGACAGUGGAUACGAUUGUUGCCAGUAAUUUGCACGCGGACAUCCUCUCCGACCUCGCAGCUGCUCUCGCCGGCUCGAUAGGAAUCGCACCGACCUCUAACCUGGACCCCACCCGACAGCACCCAAGCAUGUUUGAGCCGAUUCACGGCUCAGCGUUCGAUAUCACCGGGAAAGGCGUUGCUAAUCCCGUCGCCACCUUCUGGACCGCGGCCGAGAUGUUAGCGUGGUUGGGCGAGGAGACGGCGGCUCAGAGGCUAAUGGAGUGUGUGGAGAAUGUGUGUGAGAGAGGAACCUUGACCGCAGACCUGGGAGGUAAGGCCACGACCAAGGAAGUCACCGAGGCCAUGGUGGGGGAGAUCCAGCGACUGUAA